UGCAUUUGCUCUGUCACAGAGAGAGAAAGAGAGAGAGAGAGAGAGAGCAGUUUCUACACUUCCCAGAGACAGAGAUGGGCAGCAGCAGCGAGAAAGGGAGGACGGAAAUUGAGGUGGGAAAAGAUGGUGUGGCUGUCAUCACCAUCACCAAUCCUCCUGUAAAUUCACUCUCCUUUGAUGUGUUAAACAGCUUACAUGAGAAUUACAGGCAAGCUCUGCAACGAGAUGAUGUGAAAGCAAUUGUUAUUACUGGUUCAAAAGGCAAAUUUUCUGGAGGUUUUGAUAUCACUGCCUUUGGUGGAUUGCAAGGGAGUAAGAAGGUUCAACCAAAGCCUGGUUAUGUAUCCAUAGAUGUUUUAACCGACACUUUUGAAGCUGCAAGAAAGCCUUCAGUGGCAGCUAUUGAUGGCCUUGCACUUGGUGGUGGACUGGAGGUUGCAAUGGCUUGCCAUGCACGCAUUUCUACCUCUACUGCCCAACUGGGCCUGCCUGAGCUUCAACUUGGACUUAUUCCUGGAUUUGGAGGAACUCAACGGCUCCCACGCCUUGUGGGGCUUUCUAAGGCCCUUGAAAUGAUGUUGAUGUCAAAGCCAAUAAAAGCAGAGGAAGCUCAUGCCUUGGGUCUUGUGGAUGACAUAGCUUCACCAGAUGAAUUAUUAAUGACGGCUCGUCGUUGGGCUUUGGAUAUUCUUGAUCGUAGAAGACCAUGGGUUUUAAGUCUUUACAGAAAUGACAAGUUAGAGCCUCUUGGGGAGGCUAGGGAAAUACUCAAGUUUGCAAGGGCCCAGGUCCAAAGACAAGCUCCCAAUCUUCACCACCCAUUGGUUUGCAUUGACGUCAUUGAAGAGGGUAUUGUUUCAGGCCCCCGUGCUGGACUUUUUAAGGAGGUGGAAGCUUUUAAUAAACUUCUUGUCUCUGAUACCUGCAAGAGCUUGAUCAACGUCUUCUUUGCACAACGUGCAACCUCAAAGGUUCCUGGGAUCACUGACAUGGGUUUGGUGCCACGGAAGAUAACUAAAAUUGCCGUUCUUGGUGGGGGAUUGAUGGGUUCUGGAAUAACAACCGCAUUGAUACUGAGUAACUAUCCCGUGAUCCUGAAAGAAGUGAAUGAGAAGUUCCUAGAGGCAGGACUUGCUAGAGUCAAAGCCAAUUUGCAAAGUCGAGUCAAGAAAGGGAAAAUGACUGAGGAGAAGUUUGAGAGAACCCUUUCUCUUCUCAAGGGCGUUCUUGACUAUGAAAGCUUCAGAGAUGUUGACAUGGUCAUUGAGGCUGUUAUUGAAAAUGUCUCUUUGAAGCAACAAAUAUUCGCUGAUCUUGAAAAGUAUUGCCCUUCACAUUGCAUAUUUGCUAGCAAUACUUCUACAAUUGACUUAAAUUUGAUUGGCGGAAAGACACAGUCUCAUGAUCGUAUCGUUGGGGCACAUUUCUUUAGUCCUGCUCAUGUUAUGCCGCUCUUGGAAAUAGUUCGUACACAGAAGACAUCUCCUCAAGUGAUUGUUGACUUGCUAGCUGUUGGGAAAAAGAUCCGCAAAACACCUGUUGUGGUCGGAAAUUGCACUGGUUUCGCUGUCAAUCGGAUGUUCUUUCCUUACUCGCAAUCAGCAUUCUUAUUGGUUGAUCACGGUUUAGAUGUCUAUCAGAUUGAUCGUGCAGUUACCAAGUUUGGAAUGCCAAUGGGCCCAUUUAGAAUGGUUGAUCUGGUUGGUUUUGGGGUAGCCCUAGCAACGGGUAUGCAAUUCGUUGAGAAUUUUCCUGAAAGGUGCUACAGAGCGGCGCUAAUUCCAAUCAUGGUUGAGGAUAAGAGGGCAGGCGAAGCUACUCGCAAAGGUUUCUAUGUGUAUGAUGAUAGACGCAAGGCUAGACCGGACCCUGAACUAAAAAGAUACAUUGAGAAGUCAAGAAGCAUUGCUGGUGUCACUGCUGAUCCCAAGCUGAUGAAGUCAUCAGAUAAAGAUAUAGUGGAGAUGAUCUUCUUCCCGGUCGUCAAUGAGGCUUGCCGUGUCCUUGCAGAGGGAAUUGCAGUGAAGUCAUCAGACCUUGACAUUGCUUCUGUCAUGGGCAUGGGAUUCCCUCCAUACAGGGGAGGGGUCAUGUUUUGGGCUGAUUCCUACGGAUCCAAGUACAUCUGUUCGAGACUCAAUGCAUGGACAAAGACAUAUGGUGAUUUCUUUAAGCCCUGUGCCUACUUGGCUGAAAGAGCUGCCCAAGGCGCUUCUCUGUGUGGCCCAGUGGAGCAGGCGCAGGCGAAGUCUCGACUAUAAAAAUGAUCCACUUUGCAAUCUUAUCCUUUGUUCUCCCUCUCCCAGGAAGUGGCCCUCUUAACAUCCAUGCAAGCCAAUCUACAGUUAGGCCAUUAAGAAGGUAGCAUCUUAAACAAGCUGGACCACAUGCAUCUCAAGUCAUUGUGGUACUAGUUUUCAUAGAGGCUGGUGAGAGGCUGUAGAUAUGAUUAUACGAAUCCUCUAUGGACUUGUGUUGUUUAGCUGAUUUAAUAAUAAAGCAUUAGUUUUUAUCUACAUUUGUUAUGUUACAUUCUCCAACUUGGCUUAUGGAAUUAUAAGAUGCAUGGCACCCUUCUUUUGCACAA